AGAAAAUUAGAAUUAGGAUAGAAAAUUCAAUAAUUGGAUAAGUUGAUUUUAUGACGAAGGAAAGGAGAACACCAACGUGGACUAAAUCGAAAAAAAAGAACACCAACGUGGGUACUGGGUCCUACAUGAAUCAAAUUGAAUCAAAACUUCCAACACGACCACGACGAACAAACCAGUUAGUUUUGUUUCGCUUCUUUUGUAGUUUUGAAGUAGUAAUGAACUAGGAAUAAGUCAAAUCAAAGAUCAAAACCCAACCUCAACAACGAGACAAUAUUCCCCUUUCAUAGAGCCACCCAAUUCUGUUUUUUCUUUUGUCCACAAAGACACUGUUUCUUUAUCUGUUUCAUUUUUUUUCCUUCUUUUGGGCGGCGAAGAAGUGAAGUUAGAAUGAGGAGAAUUAUGGGUUAUGUGAUGAAUCAUCGUUGGAAAAGAUGGAAGAGAAAUCAUCGCAUAUGGGGUGCAAUUGCAAUAUUUAUAUGUUGCAUGUGCUUAAUCUUGUUCACUCCUGCAAUCCCUCGUUCUCCUAAUCAACACCAAUUUGCUGAUGUGCGCAAUCUUCUUGGAGUACCAAAUACAUUGAACGUGAUGACAAAUUUCCCAUUUUUAGUUGUGGGUGUUUUGGGCUUUGUUUUUGCCUUGGAUGGAGGUUUCUUCAACAUAAGUUCUCAAGGAGAGGUAUGGGGUUGGGUAGUAUUCUAUGGUGGGAUGAUAGGGGUGGCUUUUGGCUCUACUUAUUACCAUUUGAAACCUGAUAAUCACCGCGUGAUUUGGGACACUUUACCGAUGAUGGUUGCCUUCUCCUCGCUUUUGUCUUGUUUGAUUUUUGAGAGAUUCGGCCAAAGGACUGGUUCAUCUUCUAUGUUUGCACUCUUAGUUUCUUCCAUUCUUUGUGUACUUCAUGAACGAAUUUAUAAUGAUACCCGGUUCUGCAUGAUGUUCCAGCUGAUUCUGCCUCUAGCUAUUCCGGCAAUAGCAUUUAUGUACCGCUCCAAAUAUACUCACUCAGGAUACUGGUUUUUGUCUACAGGGAUUUAUCUGCUAGCAAAAAUUGAAGGUGCUGGUGACAGGAGAAUCUACCGUGUAAAUCACUACUUUAUCACCGGGCAUUCAUUGGAACACUUGUGUUUAGCAUUGAUUCCGUUUUUACUAAGCAUAAUGCUCAUCUACAGGGAACUCAAGUUUCAAAGGUUAGUUGAUCUUAAAGAUCGGCCGUGAAGAGUCAUAGAGAAUCGAUGAUUGUUCAACAGUUCCGAAGCUGAAGUAAUCAAAGAAAUGUGAUCAGUGAAAACGCGUAAGAUUCUGAAAACCAUGGUCAGUAACUAGUUUAGCUGUAUAGUCGGGGUUAAAUUCCUUUACCCGUACAUGACACAAUUUCUGUUAACAUAGAACAACACUUGAUAUUUUUACUGUCAUUGAUCCCUGCCCUUGUGAAUAUUGGAGCUAUUGUUGGAGCAUAUUGAUUCAUCAAAGUGAUUAUCUGAGAUAUUGAAAAUUCUGUAUUUAGUCUCUAUUUAGUCUGUAUUCAUUUUAUAUUAUUUUUAAAUUUGUUUUGUUAGAUGUGAGAACAACUAACAUGGCAGAGUAGAAUGGUUUGUGGAUUUGUGAUCUACUUAAGAUUAUGGAUCUUAUAUUCUAUGUUU